AUGCUGAGUCGAAUAUCCAGGCUGAAACUUUUCCACUUACAAUUGGUCCGCGAGAUGUCACAAGUUCCUGCCGAAGUUUCUGCUAAUGCUAAAGCAGAGAAAUCGAAAUUACAAGUGUCUUUAAAGACCCCAAAGGGGACUAAAGAUUGGGCUGACUCUGAUAUGGUUAUUAGGGAAAGUAUCUUUAGAGUACUCUCUGAUAUGUUCAAGCGCCAUGGUGGUGUGACUAUUGACACGCCAGUGUUUGAACUAAAGGAGAUUUUAGCUGGUAAGUAUGGUGAGGACUCUAAACUUAUCUACGACCUUAAGGACCAGGGUGGUGAAUUGUGCUCGUUACGUUACGAUUUGACAGUUCCAUUCGCACGGUUUGCAGCUAUGAAUAAUGUUCAGAAUAUCAAAAGAUACCACAUUGCGAAAGUUUACAGAAGAGAUCAACCUGCAAUGACGAAAGGCCGUAUGAGAGAGUUUUAUCAAUGUGACUUUGAUAUUGCUGGUAAUUAUGAAUCUAUGGUUGCAGACGCGGAAUGUCUAUCUAUCGCAGUAGAAGGUAUUACAGGUCUAGGCAUCAAGGACUUCAAAAUUAAAUUGAACCACAGGAAGAUUCUAGAUGGUAUUUUUCAAAUAUCUGGUGUCAAGGAUGAGGAUGUUAGAAAGAUUUCCUCUGCUGUUGAUAAACUAGAUAAGUCACCGUGGGAUGUCGUCAGAAAAGAAAUCACAGUUGAGAAGGGUCAAUCGGAUGAGACUGCUGAUAAGAUUGGCGAAUAUGUCAAACUGAAUGGUUCACUGAAACAGGUUCAUUCCGUUCUAUCUCAAGAUCCAGCUAUCUUGGAAAAUUCUCUAGCUAAGGAAGGAUUGGAUGAAAUCGAAACUUUGAUGAGAUAUACUGCUGCCUUCGACAUUGACAGUUACAUUUCUUUUGACCUUUCCCUAGCAAGAGGUCUAGACUAUUACACCGGCUUGAUUUAUGAAGUUGUCACAUCUGACUCGGCUCCACCUGAAAAUGCUGGAGAAUUGAAGAAAAAAUCCAAAAAUUCGGAAGACGCCUCUGCUUAUGUUGGUGUAGGCUCUAUUGCGGCCGGUGGACGCUAUGAUAAACUUAUUAACAUGUUUGCUGAGGCUUCUGGUAAGAAAAGUGUUCAAAUUCCAUGUGUCGGUAUCUCAUUUGGUGUAGAAAGACUAUUCUCCAUAAUUAAACAAAGAAUUGCCUCUGCAUCCAUUAAGCCAACCGCUACUCAAGUAAUGGUGAUGGCCUUUGGUGGUGGUAAAGACUGGACUGGUUAUUUACCAGAGAGAAUGAAGGUUGCAAAAGAACUAUGGAAUGCCGGUAUUGAAACUGAAUAUGUGUAUAAGUCAAAAGCCAACCCAAGGAAGCAAUUCGACGCUGCUGAAAAGACUGGUGCCCAACUGGCAGUCAUUUUAGGUAAAGAAGAGUAUUUGGAUGGCAAGUUUCGUAUCAAAAAACUAGGACCUCAAUUUGCAGAUGAUGACGGGGAGUUGAUUGAAGCAGCUGAUCUAAUUAAGGUCGUCAAGGAGAAAUUAUCUGAAAUUAAUGAAAAUGAUGUUAAUGAAGUGACACGUCUCGUACAAGGAAUAUAG